UGAAAAGGGACAAAAGGGGUUCUCAGCUCCUUUGGAGCCAUGGAUGCGAACGUUCAGCUCUUCAUUGACGUCACGGGUGCCCCAGCUGACCAGGCUGCCAUAUUCUUGGAAAUGGCGGGGGGCAACGUGGAAACUGCAGUAGAGAUCUACAUGUCCAGCCAAGGAGGUGAUGUUGAUGUUCCAAUGGCGGAAGUGCAACCAGAAAUGCUAGAGGUCAGUGCUUCUGUGCCAGAUUGGUGGAAUGUGAUUUGGCCAACCUCACAAGAGGUUCCAGAUGCUUGGCGUUUGCAGCGCCUGGACAGUGAUGGAGGGUGGGCUGGCGGCAUACCACAGCCAAAGAACGGCCCUUGUGGAGUCAUUGCUGUUGUGCAUGCCCUGGUCCUAGCCAAGCAGUACAAUCGUCCGACGGACAAAAUCCAGGUGUGCGCAGAUGAUGUGGCCAGUGUCAUCGGGGAUAUCCUCUUGCGAUGUCGCCAAGAUUCUGCAGCACCAGUUCAGCUUUGCAGGCCAAAGGAGAAAGGUGCCUAUGGUCCUGCUGCAGACUUGGAUAUACUUCAGGUUUGUGGAGACGAAGCUGUCAGAAACGCAG